AUGUAUGGAGGACUGCCGAGGUCGUAUCGAUCCUCAAAAAGGACUCCGAACCCCACAGACAUGAAUAUCUACCGGACUAUGCGCCUCAUCCCGUCAAUCAUGAAGCUACUUUGCGCCAACCUCACGAACCGGACUCAGAGGGGCCUUGAGGAACGCAACUUCCUCGCCCCAGAGCAGGCUGGAUUCCGGAGCCGCGAGGAGUGCAUGAGCCAUGACCUGACCUUCAUUGAAGUGGUGCAACGUCGCUCCAUUAGCUGCCAACAACCAACUUACGUAUGCUUCAUCGACUUUCAAAAGGCCUUUGACACGGUCCCGCACGAGGCUCCAUUUCUGAAGAUGGAACGUGCCAGAGUCUCCGGAAAGUGCUUAGCGUUCUUCCGUGCGCUCUAUGCAGACUCGUGGAUGUGCACCCGACUGGGCGACUGCUCAAGAACCCCUUCGAUAAGAAUCCGCCGUGGACUGCGACAGGGCGACCGCGCAUCCCCGCGCCUUUUCAACAUCUUCAUCAACGAUCUGCUGAACAACUGCAGACAAUACGGGCUUCAGGUGUCGUGGAUAGACUGUGGAGAACCCGGUGAGGAGCGCCUACAUAGAAACCGCCUCGCAGGCCUUCUACUUGCGGACGAUGUCGUGCUGUUGGCACCCGCCCCGGAAACGCUUGCGGCUAGCAUGCAACAAGUCAGCGCCUGGGCCGAUCGCUGGGUUAUGAACAUAGGAGCAUCGAAGUGCGGCGCCAUGGUCAUCCUUGGAGACUCGCAGCGCAUUCGCAAUCGCUCGUGGCGGUUGCAGAAUCAGGAAAUUCCGAUCGUGGAAAAAUAUCGCUACCUGGGGGUCUGUCUCACGCCGACGCUCGACGAAAAGGCACAAGUCGACGAGAUGAUCGCCAAGAUGCAUAGACGUACAGAGAUCGCACGUCCAUUCUUAUCCGACCCCUCUAUCUGCAUAGCAAUCCGUACGAGGGCACUAAGGAUGUGUAUCAUCCAGCCUUCGACCUGGGGUGCUGAAUGGUGCGGCAUGAAGCACACAAAUGCCUCGCGUCUGCAUACAGCCGCCAACAGGGCAAUGCGACUCGUUGGUGUUGGAUGCUCAGUGCAGCGCAGAGCGACCAACCCGCUGGCACUCGGACUUGAACUCCAAAUAGCCUCGAUAGAAGCGAUAGCAGCAGGCUGCCGGGCAUGUAUACGGGCCAAAGGGCCCACUAUGCGCACCUCCUUGAGUCGGAUUUUCAUGCAGACCCCAACGCACCGCUAG